AAAAAAAGAUGUUUUUUUAUCAACAAAUAGUAAACUUAAGCACUAUUUUUAGGUUAAUAAGAUAACAUUCUUAGUAAAUUUUUUUAAAUUUUAAAAUAAGCAAACUAGUUAAUUAAAUAUUUUAGAAAAUGUAGUUUGUACAGACAUAUUGCUUUAAAAAUUUGCAAUUAUAUGAACAGUAUUAAUAUAGGUAACAAAAAAAUUAUUCAGUCUUUAAAACAAAUAAGGGAAAAAAAGAUUCUUGCGCAUUGGUAAUCGUUGCAACAAAAUGAAGCAUGUCGAUAUUUUUUUUUUCAAAAUACUUAAUCAUGUUUAAUUAUGAUAAUAUCUUUACCCUAGCUAUUGAUAUAAUAGAACUUGAAUUUUUUUUUAAAAUUUAGAGAAAAUAUAUUAAUGCUUAUAGACUUGCAACUUGCAUGCUUAUGCAAAAUUUAAUUUAGUUUUAGUGAUAUUUUAGCCCCCAAAUAUAAAAAUAUACUUAAAGAAACAUCGGCUAAUUAGGAAAGUCGUUUCAAAUGGGUUUAAUCCCCAAACCAUUUACACACCAAAUCUGACAAAAAUUAAUUUUUUAAUAAACUAGUGGGAAUAAAUUCAUAGAAAAAAAAUUAAAGAGGCAAUAUACAGGGUAUUUGGUUUUGAAAAAAUACACAUUAUGCUUAUUAUUAUGCAAAGAAAAAUGAUUAAAUAUUAUUAGGCCUCCCCGACAAGCACUAAUUAUUAAUAAAUCAUAAAUAGUUUUAAGAAAUUUAAAUAAUUUAUUUCUUUUCUUUUUUUCACAUAAUUUCAACGUAUCAAAUACUAUCGUUAUAUACCAUAGAGGUCACACACCCGCAUGAUCGUGGAGUAUUGUAUUAAAUAUGAUUGGGCACAUUCUGUAUAAAUACAUCUUAGAUAAGGAAGAAAAUAUUAUUGCUGUAGGUUAAAUUAUUCAUAAAGAAUUAUUUAAAACAAUUAAAAUUAAAAGUCAAUGAUUCGGAUAUAUAACAUGAUGACCACGAUCAAGGAGAAAAUUAAAAAAAAGUUUAAAAAGUCCGACCAAAAUGACGCUAUAAAAAUAAAAAAUGAUUGAUUUUAACUUUAGAAAAUGCAAGUCAUAAAUUAUUUUUUAUUAAUCUCCUCGAUAAAAGGGUAUUAAAUUGUAGCCAGCGAUGGUCUCUAUAUAAAAACAUUAUGCAACUCAGCACAUUAAUCCAAUAUAAUAUAUUAUCUAAAUACCGAAUUAAAUUCGUUUACCAUUUAAUUUUCAUUUUAAGAAGAAAAUAGCCUUAUCAUUGUUUCACUUAUCAUAAGCUGUUUUCCAAGAAAACUCCCUAAAUUUCUAACGAAACCUAAAAAGUUUUCUUUGAAUGUAGGCAUUAAUUUAUACUACUAAUCAGCAGCAUUUUCAUUAUUUUUGGUAAAAUACGACAAUAGCGCUUAAUUUAAAUGAGUCAGUCUUAAUGAAUCAAGAGUCACAUAUCAUACUCGAUACACCUCGUGGAUCGAGUCUUCCUGAAGUAAGUCCUAGUUCUGUUUUACUUAUUUUUAAAACCCGUUCAAAAUUGUCCAUUGCUAUCAACAUAUAAUAGCAAUGCUUAUUUCAAAUGGUCUAUUAUUCGGGCGUAGUCGACAGGCCUCGUAGUCCAUUGUACUAGUGCUAUUGCCAAAUGAAGCUAGAAAAAUUGCUUGUUUUUAAUAUUUCAAAUAAAAAACUAAAUAUUUUUUUACUUAGAAAUAUUCUGUAUUCAAAUAUGUUGCGUUUAAAAAUAUACUAAGCUUAAUUAAAUAAUCAUAAUACAUUUUAUAAUAAGUAAAUCAUCAAUUCUAUAAGCAAAUUCAAAUUUGAAAAUAAUCAUAAUUCAAUUAAACAAUCGAAAUAAAAAAAUUAUAAUCUUUCAAGUACUCUAUAUAAACUUCAAGUCAUCUAUUUAAGUACCUUCAAAUGUUGUACGGUAAAAUCAGACAACAAAAUUAAAUUUCAACAAAUUUUUAGCGAUCGUCGAUUUAAAAUUUGAGUUAUUUUUGGGGUCUCGGUACUGGGUACCAUAAAUUAAAUCAUAUCAGUAAUGUAUCGCUGUACUGCAGGAUUUUCUGUCUUUAUUUAGAUCGCAACCGAUAAUCUUUUAUCUAUUUUCACCAGCCAUUUUGAGAAGUGCUUACCUUCUUAAUUGUAGACGAUCCGUUUUUUUGCAUACUCGUGAUAAUCUAAACAAAAUUGGGGUAUUUUAAAGCAAUUUUAAGUUAAUAUUUUAAAGCAUCCUGUGCAAGAUUUGAGUCCUAAUUUUAUUAAUUGGGUGUUGGCGUGACGUUUAUUGGUAUUGAGAAUGUAUGACAUUGACAAUAGCUCAUUCUGCUUGGUGAGACUCCAUUGAUCGUCUACCUAUAAGGCAGUGCCAAGCUUCUUGCAAUUUAGUAAUUUUAGCCCAGGGGUUAUCAUCAGUCUCCUUGCUUAAGGUCUAUUAACAGAGUCUGGUAUCAACCUAACCAAUGGAAGAUAAAUUAAUGAUUUACAUCUCAUAAAAAAUAAAAAUGUUCACGAAAAAAUAGUGUGAGUAGUGUCCAGGCUUUUUGAGAUGGCUCAGAUUCCUUAGGAUUUCAAUACUCAUAAUCUGAAUUUUCUUAAGUACAUUCGUAAGCAGCCAAUUAAGGCAGAAAUCAUAAAACUGUUAAAUGUAAGACGAUUCACCCUGUCAAAUGCCUAAAGAAAGUCUAUAUGAAUGAGAUAAGCUACUUACGUUUAUUGAAGCCAUUUUUCUCUAAACGCUAUGGGCAUAUCUAACCAGGAAACCUACUUAACCUUGAAGAAUUAUCCUUAGAAUACGCCUUGAUAAAUAUUCAUGGGAUAUUCAGUUGUGUUACUCUCUGAAUAGACGAAAAAUAAUUGAUCAUAAGCAUAGAUCAUUACAUUUAUGGUAUGGCUUGGUAGGGACAAUCGAGUAGUUGUUUUUGAUGAUUGUUUAAAGAAUCGCUAUUUAGUUCGUCGUUCCAAGAUCAAAAUAAAUCGUGCUUAACAGAGUAAUUCUACGUAAUCAAAAAUCUAACUGAUAUAGUAUUGGCAUACUGGCUAAUAACAAUGAUUUAAAUAGAUAAGAAAGUGAUCAAGAGUGAAUGGAUAAUUUAGUAACAACUAACCAAAAGGAGAUUUUUAUCAUUUGAUAGUUCUACUGUCAAGAAUGUGUUCAUAUACUGGUAUAUGUAUAUACAGGCUAUGCUUUACAACAUGAACUUAGCAGGCAAUAUCUUUUAAAUCCUUUAUUCACAUCAUUUACAAAUGUUUUAUGGUAUUUUUAUCUUUCAGAGUUCUUCACAGAGUGGAUGUUAUAGUUUGGUGAGCCGAUGUUAGUCAAACAAAUAUAUUACGUCUUUUAACGUUCCUUGCUUGAUGUUUUUUAUAUUAAAUCUGAAUGUAGUCUGGUUUUCUCUGCUCAUAAUAAUUUAGCAACUAUGCACAUUUGGAGACACUGACAAAAGAGCACAUAAGGGGGAAGUUUUACUUGACUUUUCUAAGACUUUGGCACAAGUCUGGUACCCAGGCUUUUAAACACGGAUUAUUUAAUCAAAAACAUGUAUUUUUUUAUGACCGACAAUUUUUUUCAAUUAACUUGGAUCCUCUUAUCUACUUCAUGGCGUUGACAAACAAAUCUAUAAUAAGAAUAUAAUAAAAAUACGAACCUUUUACAUCACGCAUACAGAUUAACCAUUAACCAAACAAAAAAAUAAUUUUAAAUAACCGCGAUAUGAACCGGUAUCAUAAAGCAGAUGAAAUCAGAAAUUAUCACAAUUUGUGUUGGUGUCCGGCUUUGCCGUUGUAGGUGAACACAUCAUACCCAUUAAUUUUUAUUAUGAUGUUGCUUUGGUUGAAAUUUAUUUUAACUUGCUUAUUAUUAGUUUAUAAUGUGCACAGUUAUCAGAUUCUAGGAUUAUUUCCUAUGGCAAGCAUCAGCCAUCAUAUUUUGACAACUAAGUUGAUAGAGGGGUUGGCCGAGGCGGGCCACGAAGUAACGAUGGUCAGUCCUUAUGCAGCAAAAAAUGUUCCGAAACAUUGGAAGUACAGGGAUAUUGUGUUGGAUGGGGUUGAUGAAAAGUUUCAAGACUAUUUGAAAACCAUGAACCUCUAUGAGAUGGAUAAAGCCAACCCAAUAGCCAUAAUGAGACAAAUGAGUAAUAUAAUGUCAGAAAUUGUAAAUAAUACCAUAACUCAUCCCAAGAUGAUCGAACUGACCAAUUCUAAUGAACAAUUCGACGCACUAAUUAUAGAAGUAUUCCACCUAGAUGCUUUAAAAGCAUACGCCUCAAUUUUCAAUUGUCACCAAAUCCUUUUAAGUAGUGCGGGACCUAGCUCAUGGGUAAAUCCAACAGUGGGAAAUCCUCAACCAGUGAGCUACGUACCUCACAUGUUUUCUGGUGAUUUUUCAAAGAAUUUAUCAUUCUGGAAUAGAUCGAAGAAUCUGGUAUUUUAUUUAUUGGAUUACUUGAUGAUAACGUUUUUCUCAAAUUCCCUUCAAGAUGACUUUGUAAAGCAAAUAUGCUCUGAUGGCCCAUCGGUAAGCGAGUUACGUACCAACGCCUCACUAGUAUUACUUAAUUCACAUACGAGUAUUUAUCCGGCAUUGCCACUUGUCCCAAACAUGGUGGAAAUAGGUGGAUAUUUUAUUGAUCCUCCAAAGCCAUUACCUAAAGAUUUACAAAACUUCAUGGACAACGCCAAAGAUGGAGUGAUUUACUUUAGCAUGGGCAGCAAUUUAAAGAGCAAGGAUUUACCAGAGCCUACGAAAAAUGGAAUUUUAAAGGUUUUUGGUAAAUUAAAACAACGGGUUAUUUGGAAGUUUGAGGAGGAUCUGCCAAAUAAACCUGCAAACGUUUUGAUAAAAAAGUGGUGUCCUCAGGCUGAUAUUUUAGCACAUCCCAAAAUGAAACUUUUUAUCACUCAUGGAGGUCUACUCAGCACCACAGAAACCAUCUAUCAUGGUGUCCCCAUUCUCGCCAUCCCAGUUUUUGGUGAUCAGCCUACUAAUGCAGCACGUGCGGAAGCUGACGGAUACGGUCUAAAGUUUCACUACCUUGACUUUACCAUAGAAAAAUUUGAAAGUUAUUUGAUUGAGUUACUGAACAACCCCAAAUACUCCCAAGCGGUUAAGGAACGAUCUAAAAUAUACCACGAUAGGCCAAUGAAACCUCGAGAGGCGGCAGUGUAUUGGGUGGAGUACAUUAUAAGGCAUAAUGGCGCUCCACAUUUAAGAGUAGCAGGGAGAAACCUGGUUUGGUAUAAAUACUUUAUGGUGGACGUAUUCGCUGCUCUGUUGGUGGUUUUUGGAAGUUUGGUAUAUGUGGUGAAACUUAUUGUGAAGAAAUUUUGCUGUCGAUCUAUGAAAAGUGAUAGAAAACAGAAAGUUUUGUAAAAAAAUAGUGUUUUCCACUAAGAAAUAGUGAAUUUAAGUACCAUUUACUAAGUCUUUUAGAUAACAUUGCCAGUAAAUACUUUUAAAUUAGGAAAAGUCAAUAUUUUUUUAUAUAAAAUGUGAUUUGCACGUUAUUUAAACACUUAAAAUGACCAUAUGUUAGGAAAGAAAAACUAAAUAAAAAAACAGCACGUUUAUACAGAAGAAAGCAUAUUAGCAUUUUAAAAUAAUAAAUCAUCUUUAAUUAUGAUUAUUACUUAACUUUUAUUAUUCUUAUAAUAGAGUUACUUGACAUUU